UAGAUUUAUUUCCAACACACAAACCAAUUUCUCUGAAUUAUAAGUUUCUUCUUCUCUUAAAGAUCAAUCGCUAGGGUUUCUUUUUUCUCCGUUUGUUAACACGGAAGCUGCAAAAUAUGUCGACGAUCACGAAAAUAACGCUGAAAGCAUCAGAUGGGGACACAUUCGAGGUGGAACAAGCGGUGGCUUCGGUGUCUGAAACGAUCAAAUUAAUGAUCGAAGAUGGCUGCGCCGACGGCGUUAUCCCUGUUCCUAACGUCACCGGGAAGAUACUCUCUCUGGUUAUCGAGUAUGCCAAGAAACAUAACGAGACAACUGCUACUGAGGAAGAUAUUAAGAAUUGGGAUGGUGAUUUUAUCAAAGUUGACCAAAAUAUCCUCUUUGAUCUCGUCCUGGCUGCUAACUAUCUGAACAUGAAGGAUUUGCUGGACUUGACUUGUCAAACGGUGGCUGAUAUGAUAAAGGGGAACACACCGGAGGAGAUUCGCAAGAUGUUCAACAUCACCAAUGAUUUUACCAAAGAGGAAGAAGCGGAGAUUCGCCGGGAGAACGAAUGGGCUUUUGAGUGAUGCUUCGGCUGCCGAUCGAUGCUCUUUCAAAUGUGCAUAUACUUAAUGAAUAGGUUUAUUCAUAUGGCAACAAUAGAAUAUGAUACUAUGUUAGAUUUGUUUAAGUUCAUAGGAUUAACACCGAUUUUGAUCGUCUAAAACAAUUUUUGUGAGGAUUGUUA